AAUUCGCUAUAAAAAUAAUAAAUAAAAAUUUGCAAUUUAUUAAUAUAAUGGGAAAUUUUUCAUGCGAAGAAACAUGUGUCGAAUAGAAACACAAAGAAAACGCAUUAAAUAAACAAAAAAGAAUAUAAUUAAAGUACGCACAACAUACGGUAUUUUAUGUAUACAAGUAGCUAUCGAAUGAGUAAACAAUAAAAAAGCAAAAAAGAAAAAGAAAACUUCUCGCACCGGGAAAUUAUUAUAUUUUUAUUAAAAAAAGGAAUUAAAAAACGUCGGUUCAAUAUACGAAUUGAACUGAUAACCGGUCUAAAGUUAUGGCUGCUGGUGAUAAGUCCACAAUUGGUUGUGCCGCUUUGAAAAGAACCACGAAAUUGAAAAUUGGUAGUAACCGCGACACAGUCGACAAUGGCCAAAGCAAUAGCAAUCAGGUGAAUGCGAAACCCGUAGAUUCGUCGCAGAAUAUGCGAGGUGGCCUACGCGUCUAUAAGAUUGUUAUUCUAGGUGAUGGUGGGGUUGGUAAAUCUGCUGUUACUCUACAAUUCGUUAGUCACAAUUUUUUGGAUUAUCAUGAUCCUACAAUUGAGGAUUCAUAUCAACAGCAAGCAGUUAUUGACGGCGAAGCUGCACUAUUGGAUAUACUCGAUACGGCUGGUCAAGUCGAAUUUACGGCAAUGCGUGAUCAGUACAUGCGCUGCGGUGAAGGUUUUAUUAUUUGUUAUUCGGUAAUUGAUCGUCAUAGCUAUGAAGAGGCUUCGGAAUAUCGUAAAUUAAUACAAAGAGUACGUUUCACUGAAGAUAUACCAUUGGUAUUGAUAGCGAAUAAAAGUGAUUUGGAGGCUUUAAGAAAAGUUUCCACCGAGGAAGGUAAAAAUUUAGCCAAUCAAUUCGGUUGUCCAUUUUUUGAAACGUCGGCGGCUUUACGGCUUUAUAUUGACGACGUAUUUUACGCUUUGGUCCGUGAGAUUAGACGCAAAGAAAAGGAAAGAGCUUUAGGCAACGGUACAAGCUCAGAGAAAUUGGAUUCAAGGCGACGUAGUCGUUGGUGGCGUAUACGUUCCAUAUUUGCUUUAGUAUUUCGACGACGCCGUAACUUGAAUUGAAUUGGACGAUACGUUCAUAAAUUUGAAAUUUAAUUUUUAGUAUUUAAGGCCAAAGAGAACAUAACAUAAAGACAAA